AUUCCAGGAAGAGUAUCAGUCUCAAGGUAUAUGUUGGACCAACAUCGAAUACACAGACAACACGGAAUGUGUGCAACUCUUUCAGAGCAAACCGUAUGGGUUGCUACGCUUGAUAGAUGAAGAGAGCAACAUCAACAAUGGCACCGACGAGUCGAUGCUUGCAAAGCUGAAUCAGUUCCUUAAGACAAAUGAGUACUACGAAACGCCUCAACGAAAAGAGCCAGCUUUUAUCAUCGCUCAUUACGCAGGAAAGGUUAAAUACCAAAUCACGGGUUUUCGCGAGAAAAACAAGGAUCUCAUGCGCCAAGAUGUGUUAAACACACUGAAAACUAGCAAAUGUGCUUUGAUGAAGGCUGUGCUGGCGAUUGACCCAGUGGCAGUCUAUAGGUAA